AUGGGUAAUUUUGAAAUGGAAAUCCAAAACCAAACAAGAAACCACCAGUCAAAAUCGACACACAUCAAAUUUGAUUUCAAAAUAGAUUUCAAAAUCAAAUAUUGUAUUACAAAAGAGCAUGAGAAGUCUCCUAAAUAUUGGAAUGAUCAGGCCAAGGAGACAAUUAACAGAGCAAAAAGUCUGAAUCCCAUCAACCACAGAGCCAAGAACCUCAUCAUGUUUCUAGGAGAUGGAAUGGGAGUCACCACACUAAGUGCAGCUCGCGUAUACCAGGGACAACUGGCGGGCAAAAAUGGAGAGGAGAAUAUAUUGGAGAUGGAGACAUUCCCUUACGUUGCACUUUCUAAGGUAUACAAUGUAAAUGCGCAGGUGCCAGACAGCGCAGGUACAGGGACGGCAUACUUGUGUGGGGUGAAGGGUAACGUUGGGACAUUAGGAGUCAACGCGGCUGCAAGCUUUGGACAAUGCUUAACCGCAAAUGGGAAUGAGGUGAAAUCCAUACUUCACCGAGCAAAACAAGCGGGUAAAUCUGUGGGUAUCGUGACAACAACUCGUGUCCAACAUGCCUCUCCAGCUGCUGCCUACGCUCAUACUGCCAACAGGGACUGGUAUUCGGACAAUGAGAUGACUACAACUAUGAUUAACAAUGGCUGCAAGGACAUUGCAUACCAGCUGGUGCACAACACAGACAUUAAUGUGAUAUUAGGAGGGGGGAGAGCCUACAUGAGUCCUCAGGGGACACCUGACCCAGAAUAUCCAACUAGCGCAUCAAGUCAAGGUCUUCGAAAGGAUGGAGUGAACCUAACAAGUACAUGGCUGAGUGCACGAGCGAGGUCCAGAUAUGUGUGGAACAAACAACAAUUUGAUGCUGUGGAUGACGCUACAACUGAUUACCUUAUUGGUCUUUUUGAGCCAAAAGAUAUGAAGUAUGAGCUAGAUCGUGAUCCUACUAUGGACCCGUCCAUCGCUGAAAUGACUGAGAAGGCUAUCAAGAUACUGCGCAAGAAUCCCAAAGGGUUCUUCCUCUUUGUUGAAGGUGGCAGAAUUGAUCAUGGUCACCAUGACUCAAAUGCAAGAAAUUCAUUGACUGAGACUGUUGAGUUUGACAAGGCCAUUCUAAAAGCCGGGCAGAUGAUGUCAGAAUAUGACACACUAACUGUUGUGACCGCUGACCACUCUCACGUCUUUACCUUUGGUGGCUACACAGACCGUGGCAACAGUGUUUUGGGAAAAGCUCCACUCAGAGCCCGUGAUGGGUUGCCCUAUACAAGCCUGCUCUAUGGCAAUGGACCUGGGUUUAAAAUCGUAAAUGGAGCACGAGAAAAUAUUACCAAUAUUGACAUAGGAGGAAAUUACAGACAGCAGACGGCUGUAGAUCUUUCAUCAGAGACGCACGGAGGUGAGGAUGUGCCCAUCAUGGCUAAAGGACCCCAAGCUCACCUUUUCCAUGGUAUCCAUGAGCAAAAUUACAUUGCCCAUGUCAUGGCCUAUGCAGCCUGCCUGGAGCCCUAUACAGACUGUCCUCCAAAUUCAGGUUUUCGUAUUUCCUCUCCCACCAUGCUGCUAGUGAUCACUGUAUGUGGAGCCCUCUUGUGGAGAGAGCAGUAAUUCCUUUCUUACUAACCUAUAAUGUCCUGUGAUUCUGACAUUUUUGAUCAGAACUUUGAAACUUUUGAUAUAUUAACAGCUUUUGGAAAUACAACUGUGCACUAUAAAGGCUGCAGUACUGGCUAGCAAAUAAGCAAUUGGGUAUCAGCUUACUGUCCCAAUCAUUGGUAUUGGAACCACUACAUUUUUCUAUUUAUUUACGUGGGACUUGUAAUUGUCUUCAAUUUUCUUGUACCUGAAUCCUUAUUAAACAUAUUUGCUUC